GAGGUACGGCCGGCCGGCCGGCAGGACAGACAGACGGCAGGACAGGCGGACACAGCGCAGCGAGCAGCGGGGCUCCGCCGGCCGCGGGGAUGCCGAGGAGGAGAGGCGGGCGGCCCCGUCCCGCCGCAGCGGUAGAAUCCAGUUCUUUGCCUCUGUGAUGCAUAGCUCUACUUAAAUCAGUGGGAUAGCCCUGUGUUCAUAGUUAAAUUGCACAUUCAAAUGCUUCGCUUCAUCAAGAUCAUUAAACUGUGGUAUGGCGCAGAGCACCGGGAGUAAAUGAGCUGCGGCCUACCAAGACCUCGGGCACUACCAGGCAGCUGUACAGCCCCCCGGGACAGCCAGCAGGGGCUCCCCACGGACAGCGGCACCGUUUGAAAAAACGUGGGGAACCACGUGUGCGAGGAGCAGACUGCACGACUGGACAUUCAGUGGCUGUGCAGAAUUCCCAGUGCCUCAGUCAUCAUAAUGAUAGCCAGCUCUUAUUCAGGGCUUGUUACUUACAGGCAUGUAAGAGCUUAAUCGAAGAGACAAAUUAUUGACCAGAAAAUGGCCCAGCGAAGCCCGAUCUUCCCAACUCUUGCCCAUUCUGAAAGGACAGAUAGAUGCAGUAGCAAGCAGCAUCUGUUUACUUGCCGCAGUGGGCCCUCUCUACGGGUUCGAAACAUACCGCUGCACAGCCAGGCGUUGACAGCGGUCCCGCUGGCAUCUGCAAGCCUUGUGGAUCAGCUGGAAGACAGAAUCCUAAGCCAUGAGAAAACCACGGCAGCGCUCGUGGAACAUGCUUUUCGUAUUAAGGAGGACAUUGUUUCCACUCUGCACAGAAUGCAGAAUAAAGGGGGGGGCGAUCGGUUGGCUAGGCAACUCUUAGAAGAACAUAUCCGAAACAUAACUGCAAUAGUGAGGCAGCUUAAUCGGGAUAUUGAGAUGCUGCAGGAACAGAUACGUGUCAGAGACAAUCUCAGCUAUGGAACAAAUUCUACCCUAAAGAGUCUGGAAAUGCGGCAGCUUUCUGGUUUAGGAGAUCUUCGGGGAAGAGUGGCAAGGUGUGAUGCCGGGUUAGCCAGACUGUCUGCAGAACAUAAAAUUACAUAUGAAAGACUUCAGAGCCUAAGUAAAGACCAACAUACCUCUAAGCUGAUCUUAGAAUCUAAAAUCAAAGAGGCAGAAAUACAGAUUUCUCAUCUCCUGAGCAGAGUGGAGCAGUCAAUAAUGCAGCAAGAAGCAAAGCUGAAGGUUGCGUAUAAGGAGAGCACGCAGCAGCUCCACCUGCUGGACACCAAAUUAAAAAACGCUAUUGAGGAACUCAGCAGCCAGAUUUUGUCUGCACGCAGCUGGUUGGAACAGGAACAUGAAAGGAUUGAAAAAGAGCUUGUGCAAAAGCUGGACCAACUCUCAUUGACUUUUAAGGAAACCACAGAAAUAAGUGAAAGAGCUAUAGAGAUGAAAUUCAACCAAAUGUCAGAGAAAAUUGACAAAAUAGAAGAAAUACAGAAGAUUACCAUGGAAGCACACGAGGCACAACAGAAUGAAGAAAAGAUAAAUAUUCGCAUUGGCAAACUUCAAAAUGAGAUUAAUGAAGACAUAAAAGAAAUGAAAGCUGAAGUUAAUGCUGGGUUUGCAGCUAUCUAUGAGAGCAUUGGGUCUCUACGGCAAGUUCUAGAAGCGAAAAUGAAGCUUGACAGAGAUGAACUACAGAAGCAGAUCCACCAAAUGAAGCAGGAGAUUCCAGCAUGGGGAGAGGCUGGACCGUGACUGCAAGAUUUUGUCUGAGAUGAAUAUUUACCUGGCUAAUAGGCAGACUAUAAUCUUGUUCCAGUCUGUAAUCCAAAUGUAAUGCAUGUACCGAAGGACAUGCUGCUGUUGCACAGGUUUGUAUGUUUAAGUGGUAAAUGCAAGCUUUUAACAGAUCAACUGACAGGAAGCUUUUAUGGGCUGAGGUGCUGAUUUACCACUGCACUACUCUAGUUGCUCUCAGGAGAUUACCAACGUAAAGCUAGAGUAAUAUAUUGGUGAAGCUGGCACCUAACUUGCUAAAGGCAUUUCAAUGCUCCCCAGUUUUGUAGGCUUGAUCAGGCAGUUAUAUGCUUAUAAGUAUAAGCAUCCUGAUAUAUUCUUUUUUAAAUAAGAAGUUGGUAUCACUUGUUUAUUAUCAGUUUGGCGAGGUUCUCCACCUUGAUACAAAUUACUAUGUUUGAAGUCACCGGACAUUUUUGCAGUGACCUUCUCUACUAUUGACUCCCGGAGGAGACAGAAUUGGCACCAAACUGACCAAUUUUCAAAACUUAGACACUGUCAGAAAACUUUUGUUUAGCUGUGCAAAUAUUCUGUGUGUGUGCAUACGCGUGUGUGUGUGUGGAAACUAAAUAGUAUUAUAUAAUGUAGUUGUAGACUAAGAUGAUUCAUGACAAUAUAAGAAACAACUUGUGGUCUUACGUAUUGUGACCUUUUUAAAUGAAUAACCAAGUAGACUUGAGACAAAGUAAAAAAACUUAUAUACAGUAUUUUAUAAGCUGGGCAUGUGUUCCUGUGACUUGUUUCAUUAUAUUACUAUGGAUUUUGAAAGGUUUGAAAACAAAAGAAAAAGUGAUGAUCUGGAGAUAAAGUCUGGAGAAUUUUGUGUAAAAUGAAAUGCAGUUUAUGAUCUGCUUAACAAUUUCUAUUGAAGUAAAACAACUAACUCUUCAAAUUUAAGUAGAUUUUAAUAAUUUUGUAGGUUCAAACUGGUAAUUCAUGGUAUUUCCAAAUAAUAAUGGUGCUUAUUUCCAUUCCCAUAAUAGUUUACAUGCUGAAAAUGAGCACCCAUGCAGAAUAAUAAUCUAGAUGGGAAAAAAUAUAUUUUGAUUCUUUAUCUUCAUUCAGAGCUUAUUUUUGCUUAUGUUUUCAAAUCACACAGGAUUAAGCAGUCUUGAAGUAUAACAGGCUUCAUCCAGUAUCCUAUUAAUUUAUACAGUAAAUAGUACUUCAUGUGCAAAAAUACCAUUAAUUCGUACAAGUGUUACUGCCAACUUGUACAAGUUGAUACAAUGUCUUUCCAUUGUCUUUAACAGGCCUUUCUUUUAGCCAAUAUUUCAAAACCAUAUUCGUGUUUGGACAACCAGUGGCAAACGUCUCAUCACUUCCAUGAACCAAGGUUUGGCCCACACAGUCACCAUAUUAAAAAAACGCUCCAAAACUACAUGUGCAUUAAGUAGGACAGUGUACUGUGUAAAAUCAGGAAAACAUACAUGUCUUUACAGGAUUAGUGCCUAAGUUGAUAUUUACUUCCUAUAUAGUUGAAAGUAUCUUAAUGCAUCAAAGAUAUCUGAGCUUUUUUGCAACUCUGGCUUCUAGUGCUCUCUGAUAACAACACUGCCUCUGUUAGUCCUGUCUGGUAUCAUCCACAUGCUGUGGAGUAUAUUUACAACGGCAGCUAAAAGGUAAGCCCUGUUCUCUAAAUGGACACAAUGAAAUGCUUGCAGAUACGCUUUAGGAAUAGUCUUAAUACUUCAUUCCUUCUUCAUUUCUGUAUUCUCAUCUGUUCUUAAAUAUUUAGAAAAGUACAAUGGAAAAGCUAUCACUGGUGUUUUGUAAAAAACAGACAUACACCUUGAACACACAAGGAAGAAACAAGAGAUGAACAAAACCUCACUUUUUCUUCUGUAAUUGCAAAUCUGUACCUGAGAGAGUCUUGUACAAUAUGGAAGAGUUUACAGGGAAACAGAGAAACAGUUUAUGUAUGACUAAUAAAAUGUUUCUCUUGUAAAA